UUGUUUUAAAGUGCAGCAGAGGCGAUGAUUUUUUUUGGGGGGGGUUGCAGAAAAUUAAGAUGAAGAUGCACAAGAUUACAAACAGGUUCCGAGGGCCGACGGGUGAUUAACCCCUCGCUGGCCGGGCUGUCAGAGUCAGAGUCACUGCCGGGUUGCAAGUCUGUGCCGACAGACACCAGGGCGGCUGCGAGGAUGGGUUCCAGGAACCUGAGCUGCUUCUGGGAGUGGGGGAGAAAGAUAGUGUGCGUGGGCAGGAAUUACGCCGAGCACGCCCGGGAGCUGGAGAACCCGGUGUCCACCAGCGAGCCGCUGCUCUUCCUGAAACCUCCCAGCGCCUACCUGAGAGAGGGCUCCCCGCUGCGGCUCCCCCACUACAGCAGCAACGUGCACCACGAAGUGGAGCUGGGGGUGGUGGUGGCCAAGGGAGGCAGCCACAUCCCGCAGGGGGACGCCAUGGACCAUGUCGGGGGGUACGCCCUGUGCCUGGACAUGACGGCCAGAGACGUGCAGGACGAGUGCAAGAAGAAGGGGCACCCCUGGACCCUGGCCAAAGCCUUCGACUGCUCCUGCCCCGUCAGCGACUUCAUCCCCAAGGGCAGAGUCCCCGACCCGCAGCGCCUCACCCUGUGGCUGAAGGUGAACGGGCAGCUCAGGCAGCGAGGCAGCACCUCGCAAAUGAUCUUCCCCGUCCCCUUCCUCGUCCACUACAUCAGCCGGAUCAUCCGGCUGGAAGAAGGUGACCUGAUUCUCACCGGCACCCCCGCGGGAGUCUCUGCCGUGCAGGAACACGACGAGCUGCAAGCUGGCAUCGACGACCUCAUCACCAUGAAGUUCACAGUGGAGGGGAACUCACCCAGUUACUCGCAGUGACUUGAGAGUCGGGAGUGUUUUAUUGUCAAAUGUCCCGAAACGGAGACAUUGUUGUUUGCAGCAGCAGCAGCAGCAGCAGCAGCAGCAGCAGCAGACUGACAAACAAAUAAAUCAAAGCCCAAAGUUCCUCAUGCAACCCAGGCAGUUCAGUGGUUUAGUUGGAGUUUCUAGUGUUCAAUAGCCUGAUGGUUAUUGGGAAGAAGCUGUUCCUGAACCUGGACGUUACAGUUUUCAGACUUCUUUCUGAAGGCUAUUCUACUACACUACCACUCGCUGAAGAAAGUAUCUUCCUCGGCACAAUGACAUUCCCGACUCAAGGGCAGCUGCCUGACACAACCUCAAACGAUGCAUCCCCUAACCAAUUACAUUGGAUCAACAAUGAGAAGCAACCAGCAACUGGACCAAUCAAUGUAUUUGAAGCUUUCAAAAAUGGUAUUUUGAUAAUUAAAUACUAGCCUGGCACAAAUU